AUGGAAACUGGCCCGGUGUGCGCGGUAUCCGGUGCCCCCAAUGUGGGCGGCACGUCUGGGAAGGACAAAAGCAUCCCUGCGAUCGAUCUCAUAAACGCCGCCGUCGCUACCGACUGGAAGCGACUCGAGCGUGUCGCGGCUCCGACCGGCCGCUCCGCCAAAAAGGCUCGCAACGUUAUGGCAGACAUGGCUUCCGUUUUUUCCUCCAACCUCUGGGCCUACAUUCAGCCCAACACUGAUGUCCCCGCAAACUGCGCGUCGGGUCCGGGGUCAAGGACUGCGGGGGAUCAGGGUUCGUCCCCAGCGUCAAACACCAGGUCACGUGAGCGGUCUUGCAAGGCUUCAAGGGCUUCCGGCAACGCUUCCAACCACAUGGCUAUGAAAAACGCUGCUGGAGCACCGGUGGGUAUGGGUCUUGACCGUCUGUUUGGGAAAUCUAACUCGAAAAGUCACCUGUUCAACUUCGGCGAUGCGACUUCUAGUCUUGGGUUGAAAUCUUCGCUUGACGGCGCCUUGCUAUCGGAGGAUCGUUCAGGUGUGGAUUCGCAGUAUACGACGACCACGCUUGAAGAUUUUGAGCGUUUGUCUCCUUGCUACGCGGAAUCUGUGGGGACUGAUUUCCCAAGUGACGUGGAGGACCUGAAGCCCACCAUGGCAGACUCAGCGCCUCCGAACUCUUUGCAUAGCCCGAUGAAUGCUUUACGGCAAAAGUGUGAGCAAUUCUUUGAGCACCACGGUCUGGUGGUGAAGGUUCGCAAAUUACCUGCCGAGGGCAGUGUUAGGCGCCGCGUCAACGGAAAUGCCGACUGCAAUGCCAAGGAGGAAUUGUGCUACCCCGCCUACCACUUUAUAUCUCGCCAGCGAGCGCACAUGGUAGAGCAGCUGAUGCGUUCACGCUCUUUUUUGAACACCCGCUAUAACAACAGCAGCGAGAUGCGCAAUGCCUUGUCCCCCUUCCCGCUGAUUGAGCUGCGCGAUGGUACUGUAAAGCAUCUUGAGAGUCUGCGCGACGACCUGUGCGACCCGGAGUUCACUGGUAUCUUCGUUUCGGUCAGCACCAAGGCGUUUGUCAGCGAGAGCGAAUUCGGUCGUGUGCGCCGCACCAAGACGGUGGCAUGGGCUUUGAUUGAGCUCCUGACCAGCAACGAGCGCUGCCUGCGUAGUUUGUGGGUUCAUUCCGCCAUCUCGGCACCGGCCACGACGGCCCUGCUGAGCGCUCUGCUGCCGUACUCGAUGGUUGCAAGCAUGGUGGCGUCACCGGGCGCGAUUGACGAACGCUACCCAGUGAAAACGUUCUGCGCGUGGUUAAGCGACUUUGACGCGUUCCCGCGUCAAGCGAUGGUCCUCUUGACGAGCCCUGAGCGUUUCGGUCUCAUCAAGCACCACGAUGCCCCAGAUGCUGCGCGGGAUGCCGCCGGUGGCUCUAGAGGCAACGCGCACCACUUCGCUUCGAAUCUAAGCCACAUAGACGCGGGCGUGUCAGGGGACCAGUGCUAUUGUUAUCAUGGGGCAAACUGGAACGACGUCAACCACGUCAUCGUGUCUUGUACGGAGCAGCUCAUGUACAGCGCGUUACCGCAGUGGGUCAAGCUUGUCCCCGAGCGCACCCUGCCCGACCUGUUGGACGACCUCGAGCGGAUAGUGCUACCGGACGCCGUGUCUUACAACCAGUCCAAGGAUAAGGAAUCCCCCGCUGCCAUCCGCGACGCCGAGUAUGCCGGCCUCUCUCCCCUACAGAUCAGGGACGUGCUGAUGUACUUGUACGGCAACCGCUGGAAGAGUCGAGUGAAGCCGGGCGCGCUUAAGCCCAUCAAGGAGCAGCACUUCUUGCCGAAGCCGUGCUUCCAGCAGCCCAUCCCAAUGUUGGAUGAACGGGAGGAACGCCGCAAGCGUCGCGCGCAGCUUGUGAGUCAAGCCUAG